GAAAUUAGCGACCUGUCCUUAUUUACGCGCCACUCGAGUCCGCGGGAACACGCGACCCGAGGAGUGUGGGAUGAAGAGAAAUGAGUGAGCGCGGCGUUUGCUAAAGACAGGCCCAGAUCCUUCCAGAAGGCCAAAUGGAGCAGGAUGUGGAGAGCCCCAUCACAGUGAGACAGCCACGGCUGCCCAAGCAGGUACGAGACGAUGUGCCCAAGCAACUUCAGGACAGCGAUCGAGCCAGACGCAAGAUCCAGCGCUAUGUACGCAAGGAUGGCAAGUGUAAUGUGCACCACGGCAACGUGCGCGAGACCUACCGCUACCUCACAGACAUCUUCACCACACUAGUGGACCUGAAGUGGCGGUUCAACCUCUUCAUUUUCGUGCUGGUCUACACAGUUACGUGGCUUUUCUUUGGCCUCAUGUGGUGGCUGAUUGCCUACGCUCGAGGGGACCUGGAGCACAUAGGCGACAAUUCAUGGACACCGUGUGUCAACAACCUGGAGGGUUUCGUCUCUGCCUUCUUGUUCUCCAUUGAAACUGAGACAACUAUUGGUUAUGGGUACCGGGUGAUCACAGACAAGUGCCCAGAGGGCAUUGUGCUCUUGCUAGUGCAGUCGGUGCUGGGCUCCAUUGUGAAUGCCUUCAUGGUGGGCUGCAUGUUCGUGAAGAUUUCACAGCCUAAGAAGCGUGCAGAGACAUUGGUGUUCUCCACCAACGCUGUCAUUUCGAUGCGUGAUGGGCGCCUCUGUCUGAUGUUCCGUGUCGGAGACCUGAGGAACUCACACAUCGUUGAGGCUUCAAUCCGAGCCAAGCUGAUCAAGUCCAAACAGACCAAGGAGGGGGAGUUUAUUCCCCUCAACCAAACUGACAUGAAUGUGGGCUAUGACACGGGCGAUGACCGCCUCUUCCUUGUGUCCCCACUCAUCAUCUGCCACGAGAUCAACCAGCAUAGCCCGUUCUGGGAGAUCUCCAAAGCCAGCCUAGCUAAGGAGGAGCUGGAGAUUGUUGUGAUUCUGGAAGGCAUGGUGGAGGCCACAGGAAUGACCUGCCAGGCUCGCAGCUCGUACGUGGCCAGCGAGAUCAAGUGGGGCUACCGCUUCAUGCCCGUGCUCACGCUGGAGGAUGGCUUCUAUGAGGUCGACUACAACAGCUUCCAUGAGAUAUACGAGACGAACACACCGAGCUGCAGCGCCCGCGAGCUGACCGAGAUGAGCGCGCGUUCGCGCCUGCCACUCUCCUGGUCCGUGGCGAGCAAACUGAGCCAGCAGGGCCUGCUAGACUCACGCAAUGAUGAGGAGGAGCAGGAGAAGGAGAGCAGAGAGACACAAGAGCAGGAACGCAAUGGUGACAUUGCCAACAUGGAGAACGAGUCCAAGGUGUAAAGUGGAGCGAGCAGGGGCAGAGCAGAGCAGAGAGUUUGUUUCUUCUCUCUCUCCAUUACACGACAUACAUUCUCAGACAUCCUCAACAGAAAUAUAGCACAAAACUGUACUACUUAAAAGGCAGUUGUACAAUACAUGAUGAAUAACACAGUAUAUAGGCUUGCUAAGUAAGUUCCAGUAAAAUAGUAGCGUUGCAUUUCAAUAUUUAGUACUGAAAAAUAGGGGGGAAAUCCUUAGAAAAUUGUAAGAACAUUACAAAAAUAAAAAAAAAACAGAACAAAUAUCUUGCAUCUACUCAUCUGCUUCCAAGUUGUUAUAAAAUGACUGACAGUAUGUGCAAUAUCUCAGACGAGUGUAUUGUAACAAUUUGUCAUGCCGAUAUUAUAUCGUCAUAAGGCCCAGACAUUAUCCUCAGUCUCUCUAUCUAAGGGCCAUGACACACCAAGUUGACUGACAGCCGACUAAAAGUCUAGUUUUUGGCUGUCACGGAACUUCAUCAGUGCCAGUUGUUCAACUUCUGACAUCAGAUGGCAAAAGAGUUCUUCAACUCAUGAACAGAAUUCAAAUUUAGGAAAAUGUCUUCUAUGUUGUUGCUAGCUAUAUUUCAGCCAGACCAUAUAACCGCUCCUGACACUACGUAUAUACUGGUAUAUUCGUAGAGUAGUAUGCAAUUUGGCACUCGGUGUCCGAGUUCUCUUUUUAACACUAAUAAUGCUGUUGCUAUCUCAAGGCGGACUUCACUGAGCCUUGGUUGG